AUUUUUCUUUUUACAUAAUUACACGUGUGUGUGUGUGUGUGUGUUGUAUUGCAGGGUUUGCGGUGGCUCACUGUGUCUCUCAGCACAGCCUGUCCCCCCUCUCCUCCCCCUCCCCACCCUCCUCAGGCAGCACGGGACGAUGUGACUCUGUUACAGCCAGUACGAUAUCAGCCAACAGCCCUACAGAUGAGGAGACGUUCUUGGAGCACACCCCUCCUUCGUCCUCCGGUGGAGUGGGAGGAGGAAGAGGAGGAGAGUUAACCGGUUCUUGUUCCCCUGUCCCGUCUGUCCUGGCCCCCAGCCUCACCCCUGCCUCCCAGCCUAACAUCUCUCUACUGACAGACGACAACACAGACUCUCUGAGCGUCGAGUCACUGACCCUGCUACCCCCGGCUGACCACCUGCAAGCACUAGGCUCACACACACACCUCGGCACUGAUACGGCUAUCAGAGAGGAGGAGGAGGAGGAGGGGCUAGAGAAGAGAGAAGGGAAGGAGCCAAAGGAGGAAGUGGAAGGGUCGGCGAUGGAGGAAGAGGAGGAGGAGGAGGAGGAGACUGAAACCGAAACAACAAUUCAAGAGACAGCUGAAGCAGAGAUGGGAACGCCCACUGAGCAAGACACGCCCCUAGAGGCAGAGGGAGACACACCCCUUUCUUCUGAGGGAGACACACCCCUUUCAGCUGCAUCAGAAGGGGAGGAGACUGGUCAGGACACACCCACGGGAGAGGAAGCAGAGAAAGACACACCUCCGAAAGAGGACACGCCCACAGAAACACCCUGAUUAAAGAGGACACGCCCACAGAAACACCCUGAUUAAAGAGGACACGCCCACAGAAACACCCUGAUUAGAGGACAAACCCACCCUGAUUAAAGAGGACACGCCCACAGAAACACCCUGAUUAGAGGACAAACCCACCCUGAUUAAAGAGGACACGCCCACAGAAACACCCUGAUUAGAGGACACGCC